CUGUGCAGACACCAUUGCAACCAUCCCCGCAAUUCGAGUUCCCACCUUCUGUCCAUCGCCAGUUGCCCCAAGCAAUUCCAGACAUGGUUAGCGAGAGUUCCGGAGAUGAAGACGGGCAACAGCAGCAGCAGCGAGGGCUUUCACCCGUGGACAGGGUUGAACCUCCCUGCUCCCAUCCCUUUCCUUUUUCCCAGCGCACCGGGUGGACCCCUGGUGUAUGAGCCCCCGCCACCACCACCCCCGCCACCACCACCAGCUCAACGACCCCGCCCGCAGACACACGCCAGCACGAAGGUUUCCCUUCACCGAAUCCAAAAUCACAAUCAAGUCCAAAGGGAGCGCCUGACAACAUUCAUCGCCGAUGUUCACGUCCUUGCGCGCCACACCACCUUCUUUAUCAAGUACUACCUUGCUGACCAUCCUCUACACGAUUUCCCGGACAUCACCGACAAGCACAUCAGUGUGAUGUUUGAGCUGCUCAACAAUCCAGGCUACAAUGGCAAUCCGCUCAUCGGGCAAGAGUUGCGUCCAUGGGUUCAAGACUACUGUAAUGUUCACGGAUUUGCCCCCAUCCGCAUGCGAAAUUGCCAACGGACCGCAGCAUACACGGCUACGAGCAUCCUCACAAACCUCAAAGUUAACGUACAAGAGCAUUUCAUGCAAAUGUUUCUGCGCUAUGUCAAUGAAAGGCUUGGUUUGAAGCAAGUCGUACUGCAUCUCCGUGCCGGAGUCAACCGAGCGCAGCGGCGACGCUAUUAUCAGCGUGUCCGUCAGUUUACAAAGUAUGCAACAUUUGUAGAGUUUCCAACCGAAGAGGAGUUUGCCUGCCUCACACAACUUGAGCGGACUGUCCUCGACGAGUUAUGGGCUCUGUUUCCUCCCCAGGAUGAACCGCUUGCAUACAGCCUUGCGGUGGACGCAAUGCCAUAUUUAGGUGAGUUAGUGCCUAUUUCAUCCGUUCGGAUCGACACAAAGAUCCUAUCCACUCAUAUCCUGGCCUUGGGCCACCAUCGCAUGGGGAAACUCACCGAUCAACGCAAGCGGGAGCUGUGGGGGCAGUUUCUCAAUGUGAAUGACAAGGUCUUCAAGGAUCGAAAGAAGCUUGGUCUCAAAUUUGAUGGGUCAAUCAGCAUAAACGGGUAUUCCGCUACCAUCCACUUCAAGAAGCCAGGGCUUCAGUAUGGCCAUCGCGCCCGGAAGCGCAGCAAGGCCCAAAUGCAGGAAGAAGUCAAACAGCUGUAUUUUGAGCACCACAUCGCCGAACUAAGGGAGGCUCCAAACAUCGUCAGCAUUGAUCCGGGCAAGCGUGACCUCUUGUUCUGUCGAGACAUCAAGAAGGAGCGGCCAUUUAGCGGGGACAGCGGGGACAGCGGGGACAGCGGCGGCGACAGCCGGGACAGCGGCGGCGACAGCGGGGAUAGCGGCGGCGACAGCGGGGAUAGCGGCGGCGACAGCGGCGAUAGCGGCAGCGACAGCGGGGAUAGCGGCGGCGACAGCGGGGAUAGCGGCGGCGACAGCGGGGAUAGCGGCGGCGACAGUGGGGAUAGCGGCAUGGUUAUCUGCCAUCCACAUCAUUGUACCUCUGCCUGA